UUGCCUUAAGGCAGGUUCGGCACCAUAAAAAAUUUCUUGAAAUAGAGAUACAAAAAAGUGGUAGUUUUUAUUUGCACUGGAUGCGAUAUCUAUGCAACUGUAUUAUCUGUGGUUUGAUGUUGUCAAGCGUCUAAAAUUUUACUAACCUAUGUAUAAAGGUACACAGUUUCCAAUAAAACAAGGCUAUCGAAAGCGAAAUGGAAAACAAUUUAUCACUCAUACUCCUUCCACGCUUUGAAUGUUAGGUGCCGUAGAACAAAGUGUCAAUAGAGAUCAAGCAGAUCAUUGUGUUCUCUUACAAUCUGUUUGUCUAUCUUUCUCUCUUUCUAUAAAUAAGAAUAUAACGUCACGAACAUACCAAAAAUAGAUUUUUCCACAUUUAUUCACAUGCCCAUUUUUUUGUUUACUAAAUUUAAAACAGAAAAUAGUUCACUGUAACAUACAUAUUUAAAUUGAAUUCUUGAAACUUGUAAAAAAAAUUAAAUAAAUAAAAUAUAAAAAUUUCAUUUCGGUUAGGUUUAUUAAAGAUAAUAAAAAAAAUAAAAUAUUUGCAGAUAUAGUUUUGUUAUAUGUAUGCUCAAAGAUAACUUCUUCACAAAGGAAAACAUAAUUUUUAUUUUAAAAUGCAAGUGAAUUCUUCCAUAAGCUGUGACAACGACAAUGGGACCAUUAAACACACUGUGCUUCGUAAUGGAAUUAUGAACGAAUUGACAAUUCUUAACAAUAUUCGAUUAAGACUUCGAGAGCAACUAUGCGAUUUAGAUGUUAAGGCACAAUCACAUUCUUACUUCGUCAAGGAACUGAGAAGUUUUUUCCGAAACCGUGGCCUUGUAGAAUCAAAGCAUGCUCGUGGUCUGGAGACAAUUUUGAACUGUUUUAAGUAUGGUCAGUUAAAAUCUUCAAAUUCUUUCCAAACGAAAUACUCUUGCUGGAACUUAUUAAUCAAAGAAACUUACUCCCUAUCUAUUGAUCAUAAGCUUUUAUCCGAAAUAUAUAACGCGGAAAUGAUGCUAAAUAUUGAAAGAAAUCGACAAAUAUACAAUAAGUUUUAUGAGUUCAUUUUCGAAACACAUGUUGAAGUUUUGCGAAUACUGCGGAAAUUAUAUGCAAAAACCACAACUCAUACUUUAAAUCAGAAAAAUCAAUCGAGCUCAAAUGACAUAUUGGAAAUUUUGAAAUCAGGAAAUAUAAUUAAAAAUUUUACAGAAACAUCAAAUGCGGAUAUAUAUAAACGUAUGCUGAAGGAUUUGAAAGAUAUUAUCUAUAGCAUGGACUUAGGGUUUUGCUUGAUGAUAUCCCAAGCAAUUCUUACUCAUGUUACUCCAGAGCAUAAACGAUUCCAAAUGAAGCUUAACUGCCGAAAGGCAAAAAAUGCUUCACCUUUUGACACGGACUUCGCUUUCAGAAAAAAGAUAAUUGAAAAAAAUGAAGGCACGGUUUUAAGCAAGAAAAAUUCAAAAUAUAUCCGCCAAUUUAAUGAAGAAAAAAACGACGAUUUUAUUGAAAACCUUUUGCAAUUUGAGUGUUUGCUUCAGACACAAUUAUUGAGCCUUAAAGAGAGAAAAUUACGUAAAAACAUAGAAGUGAAUUAUGGCAUAUUGGAGACCUUAGGAACUGUAACUGGAAACAUUGUUGAACCAGAAAAAAGGAAUUUUCGUGAAGACAGAGCAUCAGGUGCAGUUAUAUCUAAAACUUCUUUAGUAAAAAGUUUAUCAAAUUCAAGUUUGUCAAAUAUCAUAAAUCAAAUCGCUCUUAAAACGAACAUGAAUACAAGUCAAGUUGACAAUAAAGCUAAAUUCAUCUUAAUGGAUAGCCGUACUCGCCCGAAAUUAUUUGGUGGAUCACUUGAAGAAUACCUUAAAAUAACGAACGAACAGAUUCCUUUGAUUAUAAGAAGCUGCAUUAGAGUAAUAAGCUCAUAUGGCUUACGCAGUCAAGGUAUUUUUCGUGUAUCUGGUUCACAAAUUGAGAUAAUGAAUUUUCGAGAAAGUUUUGAAAAUGGGGAAGAUCCAUUAGCCGAAGCUACAGAAACUGCAGACAUGAAUUCAGUUGCCGGUGUUUUAAAGUUGUAUUUAAGAGAACUUCAAGAGCCUCUUUUCCCAAGCAAAUACUUUAAUUUUUUUAUAUAUGUAAACCAAAUGCAAAUGGAUUCAGAAUAUGAAGCUAUUGGACAAAUAAGAAACUUUUUUAAUACUAUUUCAAAACCCGUUGUUGUAGUAAUUCGCUUCUUAUUUUCAUUUCUAAGUCAUUUGUCUGAGUAUUCAGGUGAAAAUUUAAUGGACGCUUUUAAUUUGGCAAUUUCGUUUGGACCAACCCUGAUGCCUACUCCAGAGGAUAAGAAGAAUGUUCAGCAUCAAACGCAACUGAAUGAAUUAAUAAAAUUUAUUAUAAUUAACCAUCAAGCAGUAUUUCCAAUGGAUCUAGAAGGACCUCAGUACCAUAAACAAAAAUUUAACAAAUUUGAAUUAAAAGGUGACAACAUUCUAUCAAUAUCCACCAAAAAUAAAAAUGAGAUAUUGGACCACUUUUGAUUCCAUCCACUUUUGUGUUGCGCAUGUUUUGUUGCAUUGCAAUUUAAACUAAGGCCGUGUGUGAAUUGAGUUAAAUAGUUAACACCGUGUAAAAUUUUCGACACUAUUGAGGUGAACAAAAAAAUUUCAGCUGUAUGGCUUAUUGUUUAAUAUUUUUCUCUGCCUCUUUUCUGCCAUAAAACUCCUUUUUAAUAAAAAAAAAAAAACAAAACCAUCUGCAAAAAAAAUUUAACUCAAAUUUAACCAGGUCCCGAGCCCAAUAAAUUUUUAACAGCUUAAAAUUUUUUAUUCACCUCAAUACUGUCAAAAAUUACGGCCUAAAUGAUUCAUUUUUACUCAUAUGAUUUGUACAUGAUUUCGAUGUAACACGCGAUCUAAUGAAAUCAAAAUAAUUUGACCACCAUGUAAAUAUUAAUUGGCCUUUUUAUAAACAUUCUUUUACUUUACGAACAACAGUCAGAACAUUAUAAAUUAUCUACUCUUUGAAAAUAAUUGGUAUAAUGAAAUUUAGUUUGCUCAUAAAUUAACAAAAAAAUAUCCUAUUAUUUCAAAAUAAAAUUUCUUGCCCAGGGACUGAAGAAGUGACUGGAUUAAUACAUAUCUCCACAAAAAUUGCUACAUUAGCAGUAACGGAUAAAAUGGCAGCUGCAAAGUGUUGAGGCAUGUGCAAAAACAAGAAAAUACCAACCUGGCAAUGACAAAUAUUUGUGCAAAUGUCCACUGGCAUAAAAAUCGUAGAUCAUUGUACAUUGCAUUUAAAUUGAAUUGUAAUUUUAAUCUUUUGUAUUUUAAAUAAAAAAGAAAAUCACUUUUAAGAACGUAAGAGGCAAAGAGGAGUAUGUAUUUAUUUCUUGGAAACAACUUUAACACCCAUAUUCUCCUACACAGUCACAUCUUGUGUCAAUCACAAAAAAUCUCAAAGCUUUGAUCUCUUAAGGCCCAACUAUAAUAGUCGGGUGCGUACGUUGACGUACGAAAAUUUCCAAAUACAUGCAAAUCAGAUGUCACAGCCAUAAAAGCGGAUUGCUCGGUUUCCUUCAGUUUUGUUUUUGGACGUAAACUCACUUUCCUUUCUCAAUUUACGUCCGCAAAUUUGACAUUUCUUUAAAAAAAAGUUAUAAGUUUUGUUAUUUUAUCAAAUAAACUUAUUUAAAAUAAUUAUAAAAAAAAUUUAGUGUGAUAAAUGUCUGCCCAACACCGCCAAGAAUGUGAAAUGGCUGGAAACGAAGCCUCUAAAUAUGAUUAUGAUUUGCUCAAUUCUCUGGUAGGUACACCAAAAUAAAUUUAUUAUACAAAACACAUCUUAAUCAAUUUUAAAUGUAUUUUUUCUUUUUAUUUUUACAUAAAAUUUUGUAAGUCAUGUAAUGAAACAUGAAUUCUCGAAACCAAAAACAACUUGACAUAAUAAUGCUUCCAUUCUGUAAAAAUCAUUAUGGGUAAACGGAUGCAUUUGACAAUCGGAAUGAAAAGGUUCGUUCGGUUUUGACAUUAGCUUCCAUUCCCGUCCGUCUAUUAUAGUUACGGUGAUAGCUAAACCCGGGACAAAAAAUUUGUUUUAUAAAAUCUUAUACAUAUUAUUAAACAAGAAAAAAAUAUCAAAAAAUCAACAACGUAAAAAAACUCAAAACUAAAGAAAACAAAAUGCUCGAUUGGAUCGCAUGGUUAAGGUUGCUGGGAGUAUUUAAGCCUUUUAUGAAAUAAUGCAUACACAAAUAAUUUUAUUCUUAUUUUAUAAGAAAUGGUCAAAAAUUGUAGAAAUAGUUUUUAAAAUCAUAAAAACAUGAAUUUUACAUUCAAAUGAAAUACGUACGCCAUUUAAUUUUUCUCAUUUAAAAAGAAAAAUUAAAACCAUUGGAGCUGGGUUACUAAAUUAAAAGUUUUUUUUUUAAAUAUUUACUUAUGAGCAUUAUACAUAAAGGUUUAAAAAAAGAAGUUGUUAUGAUGUUCUUAAAAAAAAUGUUAGUGCCAACUAAAAAAUUUUGAUUUUUCAAUAAAAAAAUUACUUUUUUUUUAAUGAAUUUUCUUAAUUCUUCCUAGUUUUGAUAUCAAGGAAAACGUUUCGUUGAAAUCAUUUAAGUCAGUUACAAAAUAGUCAGAAAUCAAAAAACGGUUCUGCUGUUAAAAAGAAUUUUUUUUUCAAACAAAAUCGCGAGAGCUGUUAUUUAGCUUUUAUUUUAUAUGAUUUUGAAAUUAUGAAGCCUUAAAUUUUAAUAAAUCCUUGAAAGCUCUUUUAAGAAUAUGGUUCCUUUAUUCGUAUUGUUCAUUAUUAAAACCUUUUUCUGGUGUAGCUUUACAACUUAACAAAAAUAAGCUGAAACUGGGUAAUUGAAGAAAGUUUUUAAGACUAUUGCUUUUAUCUGAAAAAUUAAAGAAACUUUUUUUUCCCAACCACUGUUUUCUUGAUCUCCAUACAAAGUAUUUAAAAUAUUAAAUAAUACAAAAAUCAGAGAAUGUGCAAAUACGGGACAAAAACGGGACAGAUUGCAAAAUACGGGACACUUAUACGUCCCUGGUUUCUUAAAUAAAAACCCGGGACAAGCUAUAGAAAUACGGGCAGUCCCGGGUAAACCGGGACGGAUGGUCACCGUAAUUAUAGUUGGGCUUCUAUGAAGCAGAUCACAACUCACAACAACUUAACGAAGAAUAAAUUCUUUUGGUGAAUCUCACAAGUUGUGACUGUGGGGGAGAAAGGGGGAGGUAUAAGUUUCUUUUAUUUUAACUGAAAAAUCCUAGUAAAUCAAAGUUGGACCUAAACAAAACAUCCGAGGCACUCGCUCAAAACCAUCUUAACAUUGGCGAUUGGAGGAUAUACAACUAGCGCCGUAGUGGUCCAAAAUUGUAACUAAAUAAACAGGACGGAAGAAACUAGCGCCACCUAGCCUUCACAAAUUGGAAAUAGUUUUGUUUAUUUUUUUCUAAAAAUGGUGUCCGUGUCAGACGUCAAAACAAAAUUUACAAAAACAAGAGAAAAGCUUCAUCAUUGUUCAUAAAUUUUAAUUUCAAAGUAAAUUUAUAAGUAACUAAAUAUUUUUUUUUUCACAAAAUUGCAUUUUCGUAUAUUGGUCAUACGAAAAUGUAGAAACUUCUCCAGGAAUCCACAUACAAGAUUAGCCAAAUAAGUUGAGUAUUCAUGGGAGGAUUCUGUUUCAUAUAUCAAAACAGAAAUUGGCAAGAAAAUUGAUGUGCCUCCAGAAUCCUUUAGUAAAGUUAUUGUUUUCUUUAUUAUUUAAUGUUCUUUCUUUUAAAAUACGCAUUUUCUUUUAUAUUAGCCAGAAGUCGUACACUCGUGUGAUUUUAAAGGAAAAGGCAUCAAUUGCUUGGCAAGGACAUCGCUCCCACACUAUCUUGACAAUUCGAGGGUUUACUAUGAUUGGGUUGGAAGA